UGGCCUUCUGGGAGAAGUCCGGCUGCAAAAUCGUCGCGGAUUAUCCCGCGGAUCGGGAUCCGGCCUAUCGAGCCAUCGUUCUCAGCACCAUCGACGGCCUGAAGACGCUCGAGGACGAAAAAAUCAGCGUCGAUCGGGGUACACUGUGCACGUGCUGAUCGGCGAACUUCAUUACGCCUGCUUAACGUCGAAGUCGGACUGUCCCUCGUCGGCGAUUCAACUGGAGUCUUGCUCCCAAGUGUUUCUGGGGAGGUUGCGCACCGUUUACCGGGAGUUACCGAUGUUAGCGGACCUCUCGAGGGACCUGACCAACCUCGCAGUGGUGGAUCUCUCGAAACCAUUGAAGAACAUAAUUGAGGAGCAUAACCAACAAGAUGUCAAUCCCAAGGAUCUGCUCCCGAGACUGGAAAACGAAUUGGCAGAAAUACGUCACGCGCUGAUGGAUGGGGUGCAGAAGUUGAUCGAUCGGGGCCAGAGAUUGGACGAACUAGUUCGCAAAACGCAGAGUCUUCAAAUUACGUCGCGGAAAGACUUUCACGUAGCGAGGCACUCCCAGAAGAAGAAGAACGUUCUGCUGGUUACUGGUGCGGCGUCCUUGAUGUUUAUAUCAACCUCGCUCUUCGUACUCUUGUAUAUAGGAAUUCUGUGACCGCUCUUUGUACAAAGAACCGUGUUCACACCUUCAAGCGUGUCACCGGAAUUUUUGUAACAAAAGGAACACGUCCGAACUACUGAAGAAACGUACGCAAAGGCUUUUCAUAACCCUGUCUAUCAUCAAUUGCAUUAUAUUGUGCAACUUGUACUGUAUUCGCGUUAAUCACACGCGAUUUAAUUAGUUAUUUUUUAACCGUACGCAUCAUUGACUUAUUGUUUAUUGAUUAUUCCAAGAAGGGCGUAAACGAUUAUUUUAAGAAAAGCAUGAACAAUGUGUCACAAUAACAAUCCGUCAUAGCUCGUAUAAUCUGUAAUAGCUCGUUAAUGUCUAAAAACGGUUGUAUCACGAUUAUACGGCCAAUACUGGAAAUCUAUAGUUUAUCCCAAUGAAAAAUUUUUCACACAUAAUUAUGUAAAAUUAUAUAAAAUUAUAUAUAAUUUUAAAUUA